UUAUUAGCAAUUGAAUUGUCAAAAAAAUUAUCGAAGUACCGCUUCAAAAACAAAUCCUGAAUUCCAUAUUUAUAUUACAAAUAUACUUGUGAUUGUUUAUAACAAUUUCAAACAACUACAAUGAGUCGUAAAGAAGCUCUUUCAUCGUUUAUACAACAAAUUCAUGGGCGGCCGGUUGUUGUAAAGUUAAAUAGUGGUGUAGAUUAUAGAGGUGUUUUGGCUUGUCUUGACGGUUACAUGAACAUAGCCCUUGAACAAACAGAGGAAUAUGUCAACGGUCAACUCAAGAAUAAAUAUGGAGAUGCUUUUAUCCGUGGAAAUAAUGUGUUGUACAUCAGUACACAGAAAAGAAGGAUAUAGCAAAGGCCCUAAGUUAUUUUUAAGUUAAUGUAAGUGAUUAAUUACA